AUGUCUCUUAAAAGUCAUAUUUUUUAUUGUCAUCUCCUCAAGCUUGCUCCUCCGUGUUCCCUUCCCCGUGUGCUGUCCUGCCAGGCUGUUCCGGCCAUUCACUGCGCCGACUCUUGGUCUCUGAUUCUAUGGGGCCCGGUUCCCCCCACUGCCGCACACACAGCGUCCGGCCCCCCUCCUCUCACUGCUGCUCCGGCUGCUCCUGCCGCUGUUCCCGCUGCUGCCCCGGCUGCUCCUGCUCUGCCUGCUCCUGCUCCUGCACAAGGCCUCAAGGGCCAAAGGAGUCACCAGGAUGCUGAGAAGCAAGGACGAGAAAGGGAAGAGGUUGGAGUGAAAAGUAGGCAGGAAAAAGGUUCAGGACGGUUUCAUUCGGCAGAAGAAGGAAGCGAGGAGCGAGAGCAGCAGCAGCAGCAGCAGCAGCAGCAGCAGCAACCAGGGGCGCAGCAGCAGCAACAGGGUAUGCAGAUGCGUUUGGAGGAUCCUCAAACCCCGUUUUCACCUCAUGUAGGUUUGCAACCUAGGGGCAUGCCGCAUGAGGUGCAGCAGGCGUGCGUGCAGGGAGGAAACGAGCAGAUGCAGAUCGGCUCACAGCCAGGCGUGCAAGGUCUCACCUUGCACGGUCAAGCAGCAGUUCACGUUCAGACACAUGGUCUCAUGCAGCCGCCGCCCAGUCACAUGCCGCCGCCGCCCGGUCACAUGCUGCCGCCGCCCGGUCACAUGCUGCCGCCGCCCGGUCACAUGCCGCCGCCGCCCGGUCAUGUGCCGCCGCCCCGUCACAUGCUGCCGCCGCCCAGUCACAUGCCGCCGCCGCCCGGUCACAUGCCGCCGCCGCCCGGUCACAUGCCGCCACCGCCCGGUCACAUGCAGCCGCUGCCGAAUCAGAUGCAGCCGCCACCCGAUCAGAUGCGACCGCCGCCCAUUUAUCUGCAACUAAAUCAAAUGCCUCCGCCACCCAAUCACAUGCAGCCCAAUCCCAUGCAUAUGCCACCGAGUCAGAUGCAGUUGCCGCCCAAUCACAUGCACCCGCCGCCCAAUUACAUGCAGCCGCCGGCCAGUCAGAUGCAUUUGUCGUGGAAUCCGCCGCCCAAUCAGAUCCAGCCGCCGCCUAAUCAGAUGCAAAUGCAGCCUUGGUCGAACCCGCCCCAAACGCAAAUGCAUCAGCAUCAGUACCAACAGCACCAGCACACUCAACACCAGCACCAGCAGCAGCAACACCAGUACCAACACUGGCAGCAGCACCAAUAUCAACAGCAGCAGCAGCAACAGCAACAGCAGCAGCAGCAGCAGCAGCAGCAGCAGCAGCAGCAGCAGCAGCAGCAGCAGCAGCAGCAGCAGCAGCAGCAGCAGCAGCAGCAGCAGCAGCAGCAGCAGCAGCAGCAGCAGCAGCAGCAGCAGCAGCAGCAGCAGCAGCAGCAACAGCAACAGCAGCUUCCUCCUCAGACACUUGUGAUUACAGCUACUGAGGAGCCACCCUAUCCAGGGCAGCUAGUAGUGCACGCAACACAGGCAGGGCCUGUCAGCAUGCGUGUCCACGGUGCCCCUCUGCAGCAGCAACAGCAGCAACAACAUCUUCAGAACCAUCCCCACUACCACCAACAUGAGAGGCCACGAGUUCGAAUCCAGCUGGAGGUGGAAUUACAACCGCAGGGGGUGCCGAUCUUGCUGCAUGUGGAUCCACAGGGCCAGAACGUGGAGGAUGCGCGGGGCAAGCUGCAUUCGACGGUGGAGGAGGCUGUGGGCGUGGCGACGAAGAUGCUUGCGGAGCAGGUCAUUCUCACUCACUUCAGCAAGAAGCACCGCAGGGAAAUGGGAGGGAGGGAGGAGGAAGAACCAGAUCAGGAGCAAUUGGAGAAGUCAGAGGUGCCUGCAGUGCCUGCAUCGCUGGCCUUUGAUGGCAUGGUGGUCUUGCCUGCUGCUGCUGGCCGCCUCUCCGCUCUCCAGCCAAGGAUCUUCAAGAUUCUGGAUGGCUAG